GAACUCUUUGUAGUUGGUUCCCACUUCAUUUGCUUUUUCAGACCUUCCCUGCAAGAGUUCCAAGGGAACAACUUUAUUGCUUUUCUCCUUGUCAGUAUCCAGCAGCAUAGACCUGCCUGUGUAUAAAUCUAUUUAUAUAGCAAGUAUGGAGUUGAACUCUCUGUUAAUCCUUCUGGAGGCAGCUGAAUAUUUGGAAAGAAGAGAUCGAGAAGCAGAACAUGGCUAUGCAUCAGUUUUACCUUUUGACAGUGAUUACUCCAUGAAGAAAACCAAAGCAGCCUCCUCCUUAUCUAGGAAAUCUCAGAACAACAGGUCAUCGCACAACGAAUUAGAAAAACACAGGCGAGCAAAAUUACGAUUAUAUUUGGAGCAGCUAAAGCAACUCGUGCCUCUUGGGCCAGAUAGCAACAGACAUACUACUCUAAGCCUUCUGAAAAGAGCCAAAAUGCACAUAAAGAAACUAGAAGAACAGGACAGAAAAGCUCUCAAUGUUAAAGAACAGCUUCAGAGAGAACAUCGCUACCUCAAGCGCCGUUUAGAGCAGCUCUCCGUGCACGGGAUGGAACGAAUGCGCACUGACAGCAUGGGCUCCAUUAUAUCCACAGAUUCGGAGCAAGAGGUCGAUAUUGAAGGCAUGGAGUUCACGCCAGGGGAAAUAGACAGUAUUGGCAGUGACGUUGAUGACCACUACAGUUUGCAAAGCGGCUCCAGCAGUAGUGGAUACACACAUUCCCUGAGGCUCAAUUCCAGACUUUCAUAGUGGCCUGAACACUGGACCAAUUCAGGACCACCAAGCUGAAGGCACUUAUAAAGAGAAAA